CAGCAAAGCAAGUCAAUCCACCAUGGCCUCCGCCCACCCCGAAGGAGAAGUCUACUUCCAACGCUCCAGCCUGCAAUUCCCAGGCUGGAGCGCUGCGCGCGCCGACCAGUUCUACACCCACUGCCUGAUCGAAUGGGUCAGCAAUGAACCCAUGGGUCGACGCCAAGGCAGCGCUCCCAAUCACGCCACGAACCCGCGCUCCACGUAUCUUCGUGAGAAAGGACCUGGAUUGUUUUAUAACGUCUGGUUUGGGUUCUGGAGCCAUUUGCCGGUUAGUCUGGGGGAGCGGAAUCGGAUCAGACGCAUUGUGCGCAUUCCGUUGGAGACGGAUGUGCGCAGGUUUAAGGAUCGGGAUAAUGGGGCGGCGCAGACGGUCUGGGUGCAUCCUUGUCCGAUGCCGACUGAGGAGGAGAAGUGGCUCUGGAUUGAUCUUAUCGCUCCCAUCCGAGCCGUCUACUUCCCACUUUCCCAGUCCGCAGACGAAGACUUUCCGCACCUCUGCACCUACGUCCAGGUGAACUUCUACCAACAAGGACGACGUGAUGUCUGGCGUCUGCCCGGGAACGUGUUCAUGGCUCACCACUUCUCUCCCCAAAACGGCGUCGGCUUCGCCAAUAACCACACCAUGGGGAUUAACGUCCAAGAAUGCAUAAAACUCCUCGCCCUCCCCCCGAAGCUCCGCACGACCAACAUCUGGCGUGAACGCCUCAUCGUGAUCGCAAACUACAACCUUUUGGGCGGGUCAGUCGUCAACAUCAGCCAACUGCGCCACUUCGACUUCAUCGACUUCAUCAACGCGAACUUCGCUGUCGAUGUGAUCUGGAAGCCCGUGCCGCCGAGGAACUCGUUCAUCCGCGACCUAAUCGGCACGGUGAUUGCGGCCGGGUUGGGCUGCGUGCCCGGAGUGGGGCCGCUGUUGUCGGCUGGGUUUUCGGUCGCGUGGCAGGCGGUUACGGAUCCGGAUGGGUUCAGGGACUGGGCGAGGGAAGGGGGGUGGGCGCUGACGGUGAUUGAGACGGUGAUUGGGAGUGCGGAUUCGAUGCGCGGAUAUGUGCAUCCGAGAUGGAAGGGGAGUUAUAAUGUUAAUCGGGGGAGGUUGCUCGAGGGAAGCACUGCUGCUGCGGGAGAAGGGGAGGAAGAGCAGGAGGAGAGAGGAGAGGAAGGCAGGGUUAGGGAUGGAGAUGGAGACGAGGGGCAGGUGGCGCCGUCUGAGCUGCUGCUUCAUGGGCUGCGAAUCAUGGCGUUCUCGGCGAGGAGCUCGAGGUCGCGCCAUGAUGGACACCUUCAUACGCCGAUUCUGCUGCGUGCGGUUGAGUGUGGCACGUUGAGUGUCCCGGAGGCAUUGGCUGUGGAACGGGGACUGGAGGCAUUGCCGGAGCAGGAUCCUGAGGACCCUGAGGGGGCAAGCGGAGAUAGGGUCCAGGAGGUGGAGGAAAGUGAAGAUGAGUAGAAAAUGGUCUGGACUUCAUAUGGGCAGGUUGGAAUUGACGUAUACAACCACUCUCGGUAGUGCUCGUAUCAAGUCAGGUAAGAUAUGGCUAUUCCAGGGGCAUGAGAAUUUGAUUUGAUUUUCAUUUGCACAGGGCUGUUCAGCCGAGCCUGGACUGUAGCCUAUAACCUAAUUAUACGUUAGGCUCCUGUCCCAGACGAAUGCAAC